CUUUUACAGUAAUCAACCAACAGCCGCGUUUGACAUUUCUCUGAAAUAAAAGGAUUCUUCUCCGAUUCAUUCCUUGUCCAAUCUCGAUUGAUUCGCUUCAGAUCCAAUACUGCCAUUGAUCCGAGAUGGCGGAUAUCGUGAAGCAAAUCUUAGCGAAGCCUAUCCAACUGUCAGACCAGGUGGUGAAAGCGGCGGAUGAGGCAAGUGCGUUCAAGCAGGAGUGCGCGGAAGUCAAGGCGAAGACUGAGAAGCUUGCUGGUCUUCUCCGGCAGGCAGCCCGGGCUAGUUCGGAUCUGUACGAGCGUCCGACGCGCCGUAUAAUCGACGACACGGAGCAGAUGCUGGACAAGGCAUUCUCCCUUGUGCUCAAGUGCCGAGGGAACGGGAUCAUGAAGCGCGUCUUCACCAUCAUCCCCGCCGCCGCCUUCCGCAAGAUGUCUGCUCAGUUGGAGAACUCCAUCAGUGACGUUUCCUGGCUCCUCCGCGUCUCCGCUCCCGCUGAGGAUCGCGGCGACGCUGGUUACCUCGGCCUUCCGCCGAUCGCCGCCAACGAGCCCAUCCUCUGCCUCAUCUGGGAGCAGAUUGCUCUUCUCCACACCGGAUCACUCGAAGACCGCUCCGAUGCUGCCGCUUCCCUCGUUUCUCUUGCCCGUGACAACGAUCGCUACACCAAGCUUAUCAUCGAGGAAGGAGGCGUUGGGCCUCUCCUUAAGCUGCUCAAGGAAGGCAAACCUGAGGGGCAAGAGAACGCUGCUCGUGCUUUAGGCUUGCUCGGUCGAGAUCCCGAGAGCGUCGAGCAUAUGAUCCACGGCGGCGCCUGCUCCGUCUUCGGAAAAGUCCUCAAAGAAGGACCCAUGAAGGUCCAGGCGGUGGUCGCGUGGGCUACCUCCGAGCUUGUCUCCAAUCACCCCAAGUGCCAAGACAUGUUCGCUCAGCACAACGCCAUUCGCCUUCUCGUAGGUCACUUGGCCUUCGAAACUGUCCAAGAGCACAGCAAGUACGCCAUUGCCAACAACAAAGCUACUUCCAUUCACCACGCUGUCGUUCUCGCCAAGGAGAGCCCUCAUUCCGCCCCCGCAAAGGCUGUCGACGAUGAUCAGAGCUCUAUUCCCCAUCCCACGGGGAAGCAAAUGCCCAAUCAGAUGCACAGUGUCGUCGUCAGCACCAUGGCCAACCCUCCCAAGAAGUCCACGAGCAACGGUGUGCUCCAGAGUAAAGGUGGCAAUCUACAGCCACACCAGAAUUCGACUUCCAAGACUCGAGAGCUGGAAGACUCCGCCACCAAGUGUCAGAUGAAGGCCAUGGCCGCUAGGGCGCUCUGGAAGCUGGCGAAAGGAAACUCCACCAUCUGCAAAAGCAUCACAGAGUCAAGAGCUCUCCUUUGCUUUGCUGUUCUGAUUGACAAGGGCAAUGAAGAGGUCAGAUACAACUCAGCUAUGGCCUUGAUGGAGAUCACGGCUGUUGCAGAGCAGGAUGCGGACCUCAGACGCUCCGCCUUCAAACCUAAUUCACCGGCCUGCAAGGCUGUCGUUGAUCAGGUGCUCAAAAUCAUUGAGAUUGCCGAUUCUGAGCUACUCAUCCCAUGCAUGAGAACCAUAGGGAACCUUGCAAGAACAUUCAGAGCAACAGAGUCAAGGAUGAUUGGGCCUUUGGUGAAGCUUCUGGAUGAAAGAGAGCCUGAAGUGACAGGGGAAGCAGCGGUUGCCCUCACAAAAUUCGCCUGCACUGAGAAUUACUUGCACAAAGAUCACUCGAGGAGUAUUAUAGAAGCUGGUGGAGGGAAACAUCUGGUUCAGUUGGCCUACUUUGGAGAGAGUGGGGUUCAGAUUCCGGCUUUAGAGCUCCUAUGUUACAUAGCACUUAAUGUACCGGACAGUGAGCAGCUGGCAAAGGACGAGGUACUAGCAGUGUUGGAGUGGGCUUCGAAACAGUCUUGGGUGACACAGCUGGAGAGCUUAGAAGCUCUGUUGCAGGAGGCCAAGGGGAGACUGGACCUGUACCAGUCAAAAGGAUCAAGGGGUUUCAAUUUCAAUUGAUUCAAUUUGUUUCCAUUUUGGAUGUCUUGUUUCUCGGCUUGUAUUUCAAUUGCACGCACGCACGCACGUUUCAAUUGUGUUUCUCUCGGCUUGUUUAAUAGCACUACGUGUAAAGCAAGAAGAUUAAAAAAUGGAGCUUUUUGUA